CGCGUAACACUAUCUUAAAACCGACACACUUUCACUCACUUUCCUCAUCUUAGUACCCGCACGCCAUCUUCUUCCUCCUCCUCUUCCAACUUCACUCUCUCUCUCUCUCUCUCCAUACAUACACCUAUCUGAUCUAUUUCCGUAUAUAUAUACAAUUGCAGUAACAAUAAGAGUAACACUCAUUUUUGUUUCACCUCUCAACUUCUUCAUCUCCAUUUUUUUUUUCUCACUAACAAACACCAAAUUCCUCAAAAACCACCACUGAAAUGCCACUAACUGGCAGUGGAGAUUGCAGAUCUCAGCGCAGCAAUCAAUCAGAUCCCUAGCAUUUUCUAGGGUUUUACUUCCGUAAUAAACCCUAGCCAGCCGCCACCAUGCACGGCUAUAGCCGUCUCGGCAGCGGGAGGUCGUCCACCCCGUCACCACCGUCUUCGCCUCGGUUCCGCCAUGGCCGCAGCAAGCACGCGACCGGUUGUGUUGUAGGCGGCGGAGGAGGUUUCCGGGGAGUCGGUUCGGAGCCGAAGCUGCAGAAUUUCGUGGAGCGGUUGGUGUAUGUUCUUAUAUCGGGGAUGUAUAGGCGGCGGGGUGUGCUUUUAUUCGCGCCGCUGUUGUAUAUAAUGGGAAUGUUGUUGUAUUUCGGCACUUUUGGUUUAGAGGUUGUUGUUAGCAAGGAUGGUGGUGUCGGCGGCGGAAAGGCACCGCCUGGGUCUGUGUAUCGGAGUCCUCAGGUUUUUGAGAAGCUGUGGCCGUUCAUGGAGGCGGAGUACAAUGAAAGCUCUAAUGCGUUAAUGAAUGUGUGGAAUCCAAAAUUUUAUCAAAAUUGGAUGCCUUGUGUCAACCAGAGUCUUCCUGGAGCAGAGCUGCCAAAGUCAAAUGGCUUCCUUAUAAUUGAAGCGAAUGGUGGGUUGAACCAGCAACGGCUAUCAAUAUGUGAUGCGGUGGCUGUGGCAGGACUACUGAAUGCUACUCUUGUUAUUCCAAUAUUUCAUUUAAAUAGCGUUUGGAGAGAUUCAAGCAAGUUUGGAGACAUAUUUGAUGAAGAGUUCUUCAUACAUGCUCUCAAAAAUCAUGUGAAUGUAGUCAAAGAACUUCCAGAAGAUAUACUCCAGCGAUUUGACAAUAAUAUAAGCAACAUUGUGAAUUUGAGAGUAAAAGCUUGGUCAAGUCCGACCUACUAUCUUCAAAAGGUCCUUCCGAAGCUUGUUGAAAUGGGAGCUGUACGCAUUGCACCUUUCUCUAACAGAUUGGCUCAAGCUGUUCCUUCAAAUAUUCAAGGGCUUAGAUGCUUGGCCAAUUAUGAGGCGCUUAGAUUUUCAGAACCGAUACGCGUGCUUGCUGAGAACAUGGUUGACCGGAUGGUUACGAAUAGCUCCAAGAGUGGGGGAAAGUAUAUCUCAGUGCAUCUUCGGUUUGAAGAGGACAUGGUUGCAUUUUCAUGCUGUGUAUAUGAUGGUGGUGAGGAAGAAAAACAUGAAAUGGAUAUUGCUCGGGAAAGAAGUUGGAGAGGGAAAUUCCGCAAAAGAGGUCGAAUAAUAAGGCCAGGCGCAAUUCGGAUGGAUGGCAAAUGCCCAUUAACUCCAUUGGAGGUGGGAAUGAUGCUUAGGGGCAUGGGUUUUGAUAACAACACCUCAGUCUAUGUUGCGGCUGGAAAAAUAUAUAAAGCAGAGAAAUAUAUUGCCCCACUUAAACAGAUUUUUCCACGUUUAGAAACCAAGGAUACGCUAGCUUCUCCAGAAGAACUUGCUCUGUUCAUGGGGCACUCGUCUAGAUUGGCUGCUCUUGAUUAUACUGUUUGCCUUCACAGUGAAGUAUUUGUCACAACUCAAGGUGGGAAUUUUCCCCACUUCUUAAUGGGUCACAGGCGCUACUUUUAUGGUGGACAUGCCAAGACAAUUAAACCAGAUAAGAGAAAAUUGGCACUACUAUUUGAUAGCCCCAAGAUCAGAUGGGAAAACUUUAAGCGCCAGUUACAAGAUAUGCUUCAUCAUAACGAUGUAAAGGGUAAUGAACUGAAAAAGUCCAGUGGCUCACUGUACACUUAUCCCAUGCCAGAUUGUAUGUGUAAACAAACAGAAAUUAGUAAUGAGAACAAAACACAGACCAAACUUACUUGAAACCCUAGGAUACAAGAUAUCCCAGGUGAUCAACGUUUAUAUAAUCCAUUCUUUUAUGUGUAUUAAAGAUUAGAAAUUUUGAAAUUUUUAUUCUUUUGAGGUUCAUAGGCUCACAUGUAAUUUGUAGCGUAGUACUUGAAAUCUUUUUGUAUAUUAUACUGUAACAACUUUUACGAGAUAAAAUUCUUUCUAAUGUUUUACUUUAAAGAUA